UCAUAAAAAACACAAAAAACAUACGUAACCUCGUCUUAUUGGGUUGCCAACCAUGCAAGAAAAUAAGAGAUAAUUUUUUGUAUAUUUUAAAUAAUCUGAAGAACAUAUGAAUUUGAAUUACUCAGGAUGGAUUUUGGAAUUAUAUUAUUUGUAGGAUCUGCUUUUGCAGUUUCCAUCCUUCUAUUUAUUUGUAUUUUGAUGGUAGCUACAUCAAGUACAUAUCCAGUAGUAAUUAGAAGUAAGAAUGAGAAAUAUUUCAUUGAUCCAGUAACAGGAAAACAAGUACCAUUUCCUUCAAUUAAUGAAAAAUCUUCAGUCCAUUUGAGUGUAAUAGUACCUGCUUAUAAUGAGGAAGAAAGGCUUCCUCUGAUGUUAGAUGAAUGUAUUGAAUUCUUAGAAAAUAGAUGUAAAGAUUUACCAAAUUAUAAAUAUGAAAUUAUAGUAGUAAGCGAUGGCAGUAGAGAUAAGACUGUUGAAGUAGCUCAUGUCUAUGCAAAAAAAAUAGUAGGAAAUGAGAAGCUGAGAGUGUUACAUCUGGAACAAAAUAGAGGAAAGGGUGGAGCUGUAAGAUUGGGAAUGCAAAGUGCAAGAGGGGCUGUAUUAUUGUUUGCAGAUGCAGAUGGAGCUACUACUUUUGCAGAUAUAACAAAGGUUGAAGAUGGGCUCUUAAAUUUAAUCAAUUGCGAUUAUCAAAAAGACCCUUCAAAAGUAGAAGAAAAGCUGGCGAUCUCAAUGGGUUCCAGGGCACACCUUGAAGAGGAAGCAGUUGCUUCUAGAAGCUUCUUCAGGACAAUCCUGAUGCAUGGUUUUCACUUUCUUGUGUGGUUGUUUGCUGUAAGGGGUUUAAGAGAUACUCAAUGUGGUUUCAAGCUGCUUACUAGAGAAGCAGCAAGAAUUUGUUUCGAAAGUUUACAUGUGGAAAGAUGGGCGUUUGAUGUUGAGAUGUUGUACAUUGCACAAACUUUGAAGAUUCCUAUUGCCGAAGUGGCUGUGAGAUGGACUGAAAUCGAUGGAUCCAAAGUUACCCCGGUAUGGAGCUGGAUUCAAAUGGGAAUGGAUUUAGGGUUGAUUUGGUUGAGAUACACCAUCGGAGCGUGGAAGAUAAAAUCAAAGAAAAACGAUUAGAAAACCAAAAGAUGAUUUAAGUGCAUUUAGCUAGAUGUAAUAGCUUUUUUUAUUUAAUUUUAGAUAAUAAAUUUAUAUCUUUA